AUGUGUCUGUAUCAGGGCUUUGGUUUUGUGACCUUCGCCAGCAUGGAGGAGGCUGACCGAGCGCGUGAACACCUCAACGGCACUGUGGUGGAGGGUAGAAAAAUUGAGGUAAAUGCACUUUCCAGCUUCCAUUUUAUGUGUGUCUAA